UUCUGCAUGAUGCCUGCACUUGGUGAUAGUUUCUAUCCAGCAGCAUUUGACAUUAACAUGCCCACCCUGAGUUUUCUCAGCGAAACCGCGGUUGCUAGGAAAAAAUAAUUUUGAAAAGGAUCGAAUAAAUAAAGCUUAAGGAAAAGCUCAAGGGAGAAGAGAGGGAAGAAGACGUGAACUGAAGCUCUUUGCAGCUGAGACUAGAACUGAUUAAACUUCAGGACUUAAAGUGACAAUGCUCCGAACUGUUCCUAAAGAAAACUAGAACUGCACUAAAACUGGGAGACAUGGCCCUGAGUGCCAGGACCACCUUCUGACUUGGUACCUUGAGGGACUAGUGAAAAGCCCCUUGGAAGAGACUAGAGGUUUUUAAACCAUUUUAGGAGGAGUUUGACUGAGUUCUUUCUAAAAUGAACUCCACACACUACUACCAUGGAAUGCACCCCUCUCUCCACUUCUGGAACCACAGCCAUGUCUUGCACAGCAGUACCAAUGACUCCCUUGGCAAAGGUUACCUGGACGGGGGUUGCUACGAACAACUUUUUGUCUCUCCUGAGGUGUUUGUCACCCUGGGUAUCAUCAGCUUGUUGGAGAACAUCCUGGUGAUCGUGGCAAUUGCCAAGAACAAGAAUCUCCACUCCCCCAUGUACUUCUUCAUCUGUAGCUUGGCCGUGGCUGACAUGCUGGUGAGCGUCUCCAAUGGAUCAGAGACUAUUGUCAUCACCCUGCUAAACAGCACUGACACUGAUGCACAAAGUUUCACGGUGAACAUCGAUAAUGUCAUUGACUCGGUGAUUUGCAGUUCUCUGCUUGCCUCUAUUUGCAGCUUGCUCUCUAUUGCAGUGGACAGGUACUUUACUAUCUUCUAUGCUCUGCAAUAUCAUAACAUCAUGACAGUUAGGAGGGUUGGGAUCAUCAUCACUUGUAUUUGGGCAGCUUGCACAUUGUCCGGCAUUUUGUUUAUAAUUUACUCAGACAGUAGUGCUGUCAUCAUCUGUCUCAUUAGCAUGUUCUUCACCAUGCUAGCUCUCAUGGCUUCUCUCUAUGUCCAUAUGUUCCUGAUGGCCCGUCUUCAUAUUAAGAGGAUUGCAGUUCUCCCUGGCACAGGCACCAUCCGCCAAGGGGCCAACAUGAAGGGGGCUAUUACCCUGACCAUCCUGAUUGGGGUUUUUGUGGUAUGCUGGGCCCCCUUUUUCCUCCACCUGAUUUUCUAUAUCUCAUGCCCCCAAAAUCCAUACUGUGUGUGUUUCAUGUCCCACUUCAACUUUUAUCUCAUCCUCAUCAUGUGUAAUUCUAUCAUUGAUCCCCUUAUCUAUGCCCUUCGGAGUCAAGAACUGAGGAAAACCUUCAAGGAGAUCAUCUGUUGUUAUACUCUAGGAGGCCCCUGUGAUUUAUCUGGCAGAUAUUAAAACACCUCACUGACCUGUACUUAAUCCUCCAUGGAAUUCUCUCAACAGAACCUGGACUGUGUACUUCACAAGCAGCUUUCUGUAUUGUAUAUGACUUGUUCGGUGUAUCAUUUGUAAAACAAAAACUAAACAAACUGGAUUGUGAUUUAUUUUCAAUGUGAAAAAAUAUGCUAGUCUCUAAGGUUUUUUUGUUUGUUUAAAUGCCAUAAUAACUUUUGAGAUGUGAAAUGCUAACAAUAUGCUAAUUUCAGCUUCUCUGUGU